CCUAUCCCUUCAUACCUGAUUAAUGUCGUUCUCAAACAACCAUUUCAAACCACUUCCAUACGCGGAUCAAAUUCAGAUAUCGAAAUCAAUUUUAUCCUUCAUCACAAUCGAAACUUACUCAAUACUCAUCCUCAGGGCACUUUUUUCAAUAUAUCAUUCUCACCUCAUGCACCAUAGACGAGUGCUUCAUUUAACCGUUCUCACCGGAGAAUAACGGAGAUUAAUGAGAUAAAUUUUAUUACCAUAAACAUUAAAGAGUAACACUGGAAAAGAGUAACACUGGAAAACGGUAACAUCAGUUUUUAUCAGAAGUUUAUUUUUUGAUAUAUGAUACUAAUACAAGCUCCAAGUACAGUAAUUAAAUAUAGAUGUACGCUGAACUCCCAAAGAAAAUACAUAAUUGUAAGUUGAUCAAAUCUCAUUUCGUGAGAAUAAAUUUUCUCAAUCCAAGAACUUUAUAAGGAGAAGGGACAUAUGUGUUUGAUUUGCACUCGCUUUAUUGCUUUAGCUUGAGACAUCACUAGCUAGAGAAAGGCAGUCAAUUUCUAGGCAACUACCCCAAACAAACCUCCACCCACCAGGCCACCACAAUGCAAAACCCAAAAAUUAAGAAUAUAAAAUUUCUCUAGUCUAUUAAUAAAGAAUCAAAUUUGAAAACAUCAAUCAAAGAUGUAAUACAAGCAAAUAUACUUCAAUAACAUGUAUCAAGGCAACAGCUUCUAUGAACUUUUUGCAAAACUUGGAUGACCUAGUAUAGAGACCUAG